GUUGUGCUAAGAGGUCCAGCACUUGAAGCAAAAGGAUACCUGGCUGGAGGAGCCAGGAUGAAAACCUCUCCCCUGCAUCCUGGGCUCCUGUUCAGACCGUCAGACUUUCCCAAGAGGCCUUCUGUGCUGGUCUGUACAGUGCCUGGAGGUGCUGGCCAAGGCAAGGGCUCUUCUGAGCAGUGCCUACUUUGCAAAACAUGCCCAGAUACAGGAGAGCAGCAUCACGCUGCCUGUGCCUUCGCUGGUCUCUGGAACUGUGUCACCAUCAACCCCCUGAACAUCGCAGCUGGCGUGUGCAUGAUGCUCAACGCCUUCGUCCUGUUCCUGUGUGAAGCCCCCUUUUGCUGCCAGUUUAUCGAGUUCGCGAACGCCGUCUCUGCAAGGGCAGACAAGCUGCGACCAUGGCAGAAAGCUGCUUUCUACUGCGGGAUGGCUGUGUUCCCUGUCAUGCUCAGCCUGACGCUCACCACGCUCUUUGGAAAUGCCAUUGCGUUUGCCACCGGGGUGCUUUAUGGCCUGUCGGCGCUCGGCAAGAAGGGGGAUGCUAUUUCCUACGCUCGGAUCCACCAGCAGCAGAAGCAGAUGGAUGAAGAGAAGCUCACAGGGGCCCUGGAGGGACAGGGUCUCUGAAACACGCGAGCUCAGGGUAAUCUCUCCUGGACACUGAGAUGGUGAAGCUGUGCAAAUCUACUGCCCUUCCCUCUGCCCACUCCCCUCUCUGCAACGCAACAAUUUUCCUGGACACUGCAGCGACUGGAAAUCUCAGGGGCUGGGGCAGGCUGUGCCCUGUUCUCACACCAGCAUCCAGACUUCAGUGUGUUGGCCCCUUUCUCCUCCUCAGCCAGAUAUCUCACAGUUCCCUAUUCUUUAGGUUUUUGUGGUUUGUUGUUUGUCUUGUGGGGUGGUGGUGGUGUUUCUUCUUUUCUGCAGAGGUGUUGGCUUUUGAGUGCUGUUACCAGCCUGAACAGGUAGCCUUUCUUUGAAGUGAUGCCUACAAGCAAGGAUGCCUACAAGUUCCUUUUGGAGCUGCUCUCUGCAUGGGGUGAGGAGGGACAGAGCUGACAUACCAUCUCCUUGCCUGCACUGGUCUCAUGGGAGUCAGGGAGCUGCUGGCUUCACGCUGGGGGUGACCUGCGUUGCACGUUACAUGUUUAUGUUAACACUCCCUGGUGUGGUCCUUCCCAGGUAUAACACAUGAACCCAGGGUUUGGCGAUGCACAGUGAUGCUUAAGCUUGGUCUUCUUCCAUUGAGUAUGGUCCAGUUAGGGCAGGCAUGGGAAAGGACUUUCAGCAAAAAACCAUGCAAAGACCAGAACCAUCCCUGCAGAGGAGUUGCCAGAGUUGCUGGGGCAGAUCCUGGUACCUACAAAGCACAGUCCCUGCUUCCUCUGCGUAGAGCUGGAGACACUUACUGCAAUUUACUUGAAUUACAACUUUUAAUUACUUUGUCUUAAUAAGGGUGCUUUUCUUAAGCUUCACUCUUUUCCUAGGGAAGAAGGUGAAUAAGGUUUGCUUUACCUCAGCUGGGAAAGGGUAUGAUUGCUUGAGCCAAGAGGGGUUUUUUGUUGGUGUUAAGGAGCAACCUUCUCUUGUAAGCCUGAAACUCUGCUCCGUUAUCUCUCACUCUCUUCUCCUGCUCCUGUGACCCAUCCUUCCCCACAAGGGACCUGCUUUUUGCUUAUAUUUGAUGUUGUCUUUGCUUUGGGUUCAUGUUCUUUCUGUAUCAAUCGUGCUGUUUUUGUAUGGGAAGGUAGCAUACCCUUCCUUUGCAAAUACAAAGUCUGCACCAUUAUCAGUUUAGAUAGCUGGGAUGUCUUGCUUCUUUAUUCCAGGUCCAUCAGUGCUUUUCACAUCCUGUUUUCUGUUUGCUUUGUAACAUGCAGAACAAAACUGCUCACAAAGCUCAGAUCCCCCUCUUCUUCUUAUGGUUUCUUCUGUGGAGGUUAAUUUUUUUUUUUUCACAUGAUUACUUUUUGUUGUCAUUAGGAAAAGGGGGAAUAAUUUAGUUCUGUUUAUUUAAGUAUUUUGCUGAGAGUCAUUCUCUUUGGACAUGGGAGGAAGGAGUGCUCCGUUUCCUGUCCUUCAAAGGACUGUCUCAUCCCACUGGGGGGGUCUCUGAACCCUGAGCCCUGGCUGCUGUGGCUGGGAUGCUGUAACUGUAGAAUCCUAUUUCAGCCUUCAGAGCAUUUCUCAGAUUUCUAAAAAGUGUGUUGUCUUUUGACCCCUUUUGUUUUCUUCUGGGCCACUGGCUUGGCAAAGUUUGGUUUCCCGCUCUCCUGGGAGAGAGAAGGGAGGAACACUGGGCUGUAACUGCUGGGCUGGAGGUUGGUAAUUGCUUGGCAGCCGUGGCAGGUAGCAGCUAUGGUGAGCAGUGGCGGUGGGGACUGCAGCCUGUUCUUCAUCCUCUGCCCUGGGAGCAGAGCUCCUGCUGCCACCAACACUCUGUGGUCCCAUUUGAAUCCCUGGGGUACCAGUGUGGUUGUGCUGGAAAUGUGUGGAAAUGCUAUUGGAGGCUGACUGCUGUCUGUCAGAUGGGUCUGUCCACCAACCACUCUGCAGCUUCGGAGCGGUAUUGUGUUGAAAAGUAUCCAUAUUACAUGUCCUUCCUCUGGGUAUGGUGUGUGUUCACAUCAGGGGAACACCAGCACAUCCCUGGCAGGGCCUGGAGAGGUGGCUGGGUAUGGAAGUAGCCUGUGCAUUGCAGCAGGAACAAAGCGGUCCCUGGAGAUUGCCGGGCUAAGCUGCCAGCUAAUGAUAGCCCUUGUUUCUUCCUUGGAGUUCAGGGAGGUGUGAGGAUUUACACCAGUCAGGAACAUGGCUUGCGUUUAUUUACACACAUGGGCGCCUGCAGCUGGAUGCUGGGUAACCAGUUUGUGCUAAGCCCCUUUCCCCCCGGCUUCUGAACCAUAGUUGCUCUGGCACCAGCUUGUCUGGGAUGCAGAGUAGGCACCGCUAGCGCAGAUGCAGCUUGUUUCAAUGAAAGCUGUGCCAUUUCAGAGCCCCAAGUUCUGGGCUGAUCCCUGCUGCUGCACGCAACACACGGGCCACUGUUAGGGAGCACAGCCUCCCACCUGGGUCAUGCUGCCUGCAGCAAUGGGGUGCUGCAGGGGAAAUACAUGGCAGCCCGUGGGGUACCUUAGUGGUAACAGCCUUUCUGCUCUUGGAGCUCUUUUCCAUGUACAGAACCUUUACUGGCUGGUUUGAGUGCUGAGUCCUGCCUAGCAAACAAGACAUCUGCUGUUAUUUCAGGGGGGUUUGGGGACUUAAGUAGUGCUUAGUAGAGGAAUGUUGCAUACUGAUGCACGUAGCUACGAGCAUGUCUUUGGUAGUAACUGCUUUGUGAGUAGUUCCACAGUAGCUUUAGUGACAGGAGGUGAAAAGCAAAGCAGAGGUGAUAGAGAAACAUUUUCAGCCUGGUCUCCAUCUGCGGUGAUGAACAACAGAGCUUGUAGGACCCUCGCUGGCUUCAUCUGAUUGUCCUCAUGCCGCAGACCAGUAGCAGUCCCUGUUGCAGGCAGGUGCUGCUCUAGGUCACUUGGAGGGCUCGUGAGAAGAGUUGUUGUGACAGUUAGUGAUGGUCUGACCUCCGUGUGGACAAGACAUUUUUUGUGGAGAUAGAAGGGACCUUUAGAGUAGUAGCAUCACAGUAGUUAUAUGCCUAUUCACAGUGCAUGGUGGUUAUUAAUUUUGUUUAGAGACACCAUUGGUGUGCUUGGAGCUGUGUAAGGAUAAAUGAAGUUAAAAGCCUGCUCUAGAGAUAGAUUUUACAGGUUCAACCCAAUUCCUGCUGAUGGCAUCCAGGCUAGUGGGCUCUAUGGAAGAGGUUCUGCUUGCCAGGUCUUGGAAGGGCCUCUGGGGUAUGAUGGGGCAGAAGUUUUGUUACUUGAGAACUCAAGAGCGGGUGAUGCAUUGACCGUAGUGAGUUGUUGAUACCAAGUGUGGAAAGACACUGGCAGCACAUGUGCACUUGGCAACGGACUGUUACACCGUUCACCGUGAGCUGUGCACUUCUUACCCAGGUAAGAGCUGCAACUCUUCCAUGUCCCAUUCAGUCAUGAAGUUGACAGCACUCGUGCAUGUUAACUCCGCUAUUUCCUGGGGCUGUCUGUUGGGCCUGAAGAGUAGAAGCUCACCUUCUGCUGUGUGCCAGGACCUCACUGCUCUGGGCAGGAGCUGAUUUUGUAACACCAAUUGAUUCUCUGUGUGUGCAGUGAAUAAAAAGACCAUUCUACCUCUGGAAAGAGCCACUGUGAUUUCUCAGACUAUAAAAACUGUAGCGAAACUGCUCAGACUUUCUAUACUGAAGAAAGGAGUCACUCAGAAAAUACUUCUCCAAUGAGGUUCUCACAGAACAUGAAGAGUCCAACCUCAUUUCAUAUUUGGGCACUUCCUCCUUAGGCCAAGCCCUGGGAAGCUCAGUUAAUCUUUGUCAUUUUUUUAACUUAGGAAAAAAACCCCAUCCACUGUCUUCAGGGAAGGCUUUCAUUGGAGUGAAGAUAUCAAGACCUAGUCCAUAGCCAUGUGAGCAAGAGAACACUUUAGCACAGGGCUACCAUAGAUCCUGAUCUUCAGAGGGUCAGUGGAAAGCAGAGGCUCUUCAGACCUCUCAUAAUCAGACCAUGCUUAGAAACAUCAUAUUCCAGCCAGGACUGAACUUUCUGGAAAUGGGUCUCAGCAGCAAAGGUUGGGUCUAAUGCUGAAUUUUCUUUGUGGGUUUGAUUUUGGCCCAUCUGUUCCUCUCUCCUAGGCUGCUUUAAAUCAAUGCUCUGAUGAAGCAUAUCUUCAGGGAUUUCUCUCAUCUCCUGCUGUAGGGCUUCUAAAUAGUAGCUAGCAUAUCUUGAGAUCUGGUUCAAAUCCAUGCUGUUACCCUGUGCUUCCUUGUCACAGUGGGCUGAAUGUUCUGGGAGUGAGAGGACACAAGCUUCUCCACCAACUCUCAGGGUGCCAAGUGCAUUUCAGGAGGUUGAACAAAUGCUUGGGCAAAUCACCUCCCAGUUCAGCCUCUGUUGUUCUGCCCUUUUGGGAGAAGUUGUAUGUGAUACUCAGCAAGGCCAUUUGCUCCUUCCAUAACCACCUACUGCAGCUGUGUUUUACCUGGGGUUAGGCUCUAAAUAAAUUUUAAUGUCCUUAGUCCUGCAGGACACACAGGAAAAAGGGAUAAGACAAUUUGCUACUAUGCAGUUGAAAUCUUAAAAUGAGGUGGAGGCUUCACACACAACUGUGAUGGGAGGCACAUCCACCUUUCUUUAUGGAUGAGUAAAACCCUGUGGUGGGAAGCACCCACCCCAGUACAAAGUAUUGUCAGAACCCACCAUGUCUUUCCUACAGUGAAUCACUUGCACUACAGCUGAAUGUGUGUCUGUUCCUGUUCUUUGUUUUUGUCUUGGAUCUUCUUUGUGAACUGUAUUCGGUCUUGUUUUUUAGGCUUCUAGUGUAAUGCGUGUUUUUAGAGCAAUAAAAUGUGGCAGCUUUUAAUACAAAA